GAGAUACUCACAGGAGCUUACUAGAAAAGAACUGAUACAAGCCAUAUAUCUUCUGUCCUUACCAUGCAAAUUUAAACCCAAAACUGUGUUCCGUUUCUCUCACCGAUUAGUGAAUCACUGGAAUUCUUUACCAGAAGACAUAAUAUCAGCACUUUCUGUUGAUUAAUUAAAACAGAGGUUGAAUCUCCACAAUACUAAAGAUUGCAAGGAAUAAUAUACUUACUCUAGAAAGCGAAUUCUGGGUUACGUCUGGCGCUAAUAUAUGAACCUGUGCGUUACUAAUGCUCAGAGUUAGUGGACUUUCUUUAGUCUGUCGUAGAAGUUAUGGGUUGUGGGGUUUCACCUAUCCUAGAGAAAGCCCAGCUGUUAGACUAUUUUACAAGACAUUGAGCAUACUUGGGAUACCAGUUGGAAUUUUAACAGCUUAUAUUGCCUUGAAAAAUGAGCAUCAUCAUGAAGAAAAAAUGAAAGAAAAGGAAACAUUCAUUCGUGUUUUUCCAAGAGAGAUAAGGAAGCUACAUUGGGGUGAUGGUAAAACUUACUUUACGGAUCACAUUUCGAAAUUAAUAAACUAUACGCCGCGCGCCAGAUCUACGUUUCCUAAGCCAGCAGAUUAGCUCAUUUAGCUUGUAAAUUUUUUAGUCUCAUCGCUUGCUUGUUAUGCUGGUUUUAAUAGUCACCAAAAAUACAUAUGUUGUUCAUAGUUAUUUGCUUUAAUCUCUGAUGAUUUGGAAUUACAGGUUGCCUGCAUUUAUGAGGUAGAAAUAAAUUCGUGUCAUUUGUUUAAGACCAUUAGACGUAAUAACAGUAACCGAUAUUUCUCGUACGUUCUAUAAACUGAAUCCAAAGGCUCUAAAACGUUCCAACACUUUUUAUUGGGAUGCCUUGUUUUCAGAUGUGCUGAAAGGGUCCUUUUUCUAGUGUAUGAAAUAUUUUGACGUCCAACCCAAGUAGUUUAUAUGUAAUUAGCUAAUCCAUUGUUUUUUAAUUCCAGUUAUUUGUUGUCCCAACCAUCUGGGUCACUUCGCUAACAUCGCUGCAUUGGAGUUUACUUUAUGUAAUUGUUUCGUUUCCUUUAAUAACUGAAUAAGUCCGUGAAUCCUUAACCAAGUAUAAGUUAUAGUAUUUAGUUUCAGAAUACCAAGAACUUAAGUCACUAGUAGCGAGAUUUAUACCUUCAUAAACUCGUCAGUAAAUGCUAACAUCUUUUGACAGUGGGUUUUACACAACUCCAUCCACUAAAUAGAUUUAUUCUGUCUGUGGUAGAUCAAAACCUUCAUUGCUAAAGAUUUGCACAACCUCUUGUAACCAGACCAAAUCUGUAGUGGUUGCUCCUUCAGUACGUGCAUAUGGGGAAUUACAUUUGUGACAGACUGAUACAUGAGGUGCAGUAGUUGAUCGUUUCCACCGCUUCGCUUGCCCCGGAGAAUUUCCCGUCUUUAGUGGGUUGGUGUCUGGCGAAAUCUGAACACGAACUCAGGAGAACCACUUGCAUUCUACCAACUUUCACUACUUGUGGCCCAAGCGAAUUGACCAUCCUUCAGCUAGCAGACGAGUUUACUGCACAACACAACAGCUUCGUACUAUUUCAUGGAUAAGGGAUGUGAUCUACCAAAGUAAGUAUGCGUUAAUUGAGGGUUUUGUAUCAUAGGUACAUUCUAAGCAUUGCUUUCGUUUCUUGAGACUACCGAAUAAACCACACCGAUGUCAUAUGACUCCGUAGACCGCGAGAUUUUGUCGCAGUGUCUGUCAUUGAAAGGCGUACCUCAGAAGUACCUAAACCCUGUGAAGGCUCUUUACUCGAACAC